UCUCCUCCCUCCCUCUCUCCCAUGGAAGAGUCGCCCGAGAACGCCGCCGCAGCGCCCGCGCCACCCGCCGCCCCGACCCCGGCACCGAAGCCGUCCCUGCCCACUAGGUUCGGGAUACCGCCGCUGUACAACCUCGACGCCAAGUGGGACGCCUGCCUCGACCUUGCCAUCCGCCGCGGGACGCAUGUCACCUACUCCUUCCUCACUGAUGCCUUCGGGGGCCUCAUCCCCUUCCGUAGCCCAACAACACGCUGGGCAUCAGUUGCACUUGGAGCUGGUGUGGGGAUAGGGGACGCAUUGACUGAAUGCUCAUACAUAUUCAAUGGUUCUCCUCCAAAGUGGAUGGCCCCUGAAUGCUCAUACAUAUUGAAUGGUUCUCCUCCAAAGUGGGGAAAGCACCUCAAGUUUCAGACUGAAUAA